UAAUGUUCAGUUGUUAAAUCGUUAAGUUGUGUUGUUGUUUCAAACACCGCUUACAAAAAGUUGUCAUAGAGACACAAAAUUUAAACAAACAAAAAAAAACAAAUUAUUAUUUCAAUGAAAGUACAAAGAUAUGAGUGUGUAUCUACAAUAAUUAUACUUAUGAAGUAAACAUUUUUUAAAAAUUGAUGUGAUAGAUAAAGUUAAUAUUUACUAUAUUUGUUAAAUAGUGAUAUUUUUUAACCAAAUCGAAAAAAUCGAUUUGCAGUAAAUUUCUUAAACUGGAAUUAAAGGAAAACAGGAAAUUAAUUUUUAUACGAUAUUGCAUGGAUUAUUUUUUUCAAUUUUUAAAAGAAAGCUAAACCAAAUAAAGAUGGCCCAGGUAAUCCACAGUGUUAAUGGAAUGAUGAACAAUGAGACAGAGAUGAAAGGUAUGGACGCCAAUAGAUAUGCCACAAAGAAAACUAUUGCGCAGGGAAUGUUGGAUAUAGCGCUACUAACUGCAAACGCAUCUCAACUGAAGUAUAUUUUACAAGUGGGAGAGCAACAUCAAUUCUACAAAUUAAUGUUGAUUCUUAUCAGUCUGUCAAUAGUAUUGCAGAUCCUGUCUGGUGUAUUAAGUCUAUCAUUGAGUCUAAUGCGUGAUUGUCGUAUGGACAAACCGGAAUUUCAUCAAUCGGCCAAUUUAAUUAAUCACAUUCGUACCGGAUUUGCCUUCUUUGUAACCAUGAUAAAUUUAUUUAUAUCGGCAUUUGAUUCUCGUUUACCGCCUCCACAAGGCGAUUUUCUAAGUGGUUUAAAUUAAUUGUAAAUUAUUCAGAAUUUUUGAAUUGAUAUUAGAAUAUUUUUGUACAUAUAUUUAUGUAGAUAAACUAAAUAAAAAAAAUAUUGUAAUUGUAAUAAGAUUAUCUUAUAAAG